GCGGCAGAGCGGCCCUACGUGCUGACGCUGAUUGUAUAUGAGCGCGAGCGGCGGGCUCUCGGGUCUCUUUUAGCGCUCUCUGCUCGUGGCACCGCCUCCAGCUCCUUCCUCCCGCCGCCCUGAGUCACAGGCCCCGCCGCUCCGGCCGCCUGGCUCCCCGUGCUAGCCGCCGAUAUUUGGAGUUCUUACAGCAUGGCAGACAUUGACAAGAUGCCUCACGGUCCAACAUGGCUACUGGAGCUCUAGCCAUCACAUCCCUAAUCUAGGGAGGGAGCAAGAUCAAAAUGGCCUCCAAUCUGUCUACCAUCCUGUGAAAGGAGGCUUAUUCAGAGUUCUACAAGACUUACUGCUUUUUAUCUCAAAGCCAAAGCAUAGUCACAUAGCUACAUCUAGCUAAAAGCAAAGAACAGUCUGAACUUGACCAAGAUUUGGAUGAUGUUGAAGAAGUAGAAGAAGAAGAAACUGGUGAAGAAACAAAAAUCAAAGCGCGUCAGCUGACUGUUCAGAUGAUGCAAAAUCCUCAGAUUCUUGCAGCCCUUCAAGAAAGACUUGAUGGUCUGGUAGAAACACCAACAGGAUACAUUGAAAGCUUGCCUAGGGUAGUUAAAAGACGAGUGAAUGCUCUCAAAAACCUUCAAGUUAAAUGUGCACAUAUAGAAGCCAAAUUCUAUGAGGAAGUCCAUGAUCUUGAAAGGAAGUAUGCUGUUCUUUACCAGCCUCUAUUUGACAAGCGAUUUGAAAUCAUUAAUGCAAUUUAUGAACCUACAGAAGAAGAAUCUGAGUGGAAACCAGAUGAGGAGGAUGAAAUUUCGGAGGAGCUGAAAGAAAAGGCCAAGAUUGAAGAUGAGAAAAAGGAUGAAGAGAAAGAAGACCCCAAGGGAAUUCCUGAAUUUUGGUUGACUGUUUUUAAGAAUGUUGACCUGCUCAGUGAUAUGGUUCAGGAACAUGACGAACCCAUACUGAAGCACUUGAAAGAUAUUAAAGUGAAGUUCUCAGAUGCUGGUCAGCCUAUGAGUUUUGUCUUAGAGUUUCACUUUGAACCCAAUGAAUAUUUCACAAAUGAAGUGUUGACAAAGACAUACAGGAUGAGGUCAGAACCAGAUGAUGCUGAUCCCUUUUCUUUUGAUGGACCAGAAAUUAUGGGUUGUACAGGGUGCCAGAUAGAUUGGAAAAAAGGAAAGAAUGUCACUUUGAAAACCAUUAAGAAGAAGCAAAAACACAAGGGACGUGGGACAGUUCGUACUGUGACUAAAACAGUUUCCAAUGAUUCUUUCUUCAAUUUUUUUGCCCCUCCUGAAGUUCCUGAGAGUGGAGAUCUGGAUGAUGAUGCUGAAGCUAUCCUUGCUGCAGACUUUGAAAUUGGUCACUUUUUACGUGAGCGUAUAAUUCCAAGAUCAGUGUUAUACUUCACUGGGGAAGCUAUUGAAGACGACGAUGAUGAUUAUGAUGAAGAAGGUGAAGAAGCAGAUGAGGAAGGGGAAGAAGAAGGAGAUGAGGAAAAUGAUCCAGACUAUGACCCAAAGAAGGAUCACAACCCCGCAGAGUGCAAGCAGCAGUGAAGCAGGAUGGGUGGCCUUGAGGACAGCCUGCACUGGUCUACCUUCUGCUUCCCUGGAAAGAAUGAAUUUUACGUCAUUUGACAAGCAUAUUCAAGUUUUUUGCUGUUUGCCUGUUUUUGUUUUUGCAGUCUAAAAUAAAAAUGUCAAAUA